UUACUUGGAGCAAUUUCAUAUUUCCGGCUCUUCUUCCUUCUUGGUGUGUUCUCCCGAGUGUUUCUACACACGAAAGAACGUAAGCGUUCAGAGAUCCACUGACAAAUCCGUGGACCUAGCUCUUAACCCUCUCUCUCAUCGUCGUCUUAGUUGUGUUCGCUCCCAUCACUUCGCGUCGAGGUCGGCAAUUCAUUCCAUCGCACGCAUUCAUGAUGUCGAGUUCAGAGUUCGAGAUGCCAAGCCACACACACAAAAGGAUCGGCAGGAUGCUCAGAGUGCGCGCUGAGAUACCUGAAAGCCACGGACACUUUGACUUCGGUCGUCCGAGUGAUGGAUGCUGCUGCUUUGCAGCAGCAUACAGAGAGAUCGGAGGAGGGAGUCCUUGACUGGAUUGAAUGCCACCGCUGCCGCCAAAUUACAAGCCGCCGUCAUAGCUGCGCUUGUACCCGAGCUACUUCACUUCCAAGGGCCAUUAAUGUCCCUCACUCUUACGUACCGUGCGCCAAUCUCUAUUUCCCGAUUGUGCGGAUCGAGAAUCUGCUUCUCCUCACGUAGAGAAUCUCGCUCCUCUCGCAGCGCCCGGCUUCUGGCGAGGAGAUGUUCGUGGUGCGCAUGUCUGUCAGUUGUACCUCGUCCCUUCCCUGGACCUCAUUCUCUCCUCCCAUGUAAUGUCUGUGGGCUAUGGAGUCUCUUCUGAUACACAAGGAGACACAAUCUAGCGUCAAAUCAACAGAUGCUUCUUGGAUUGUAUUUUAUUAUAACCUGAACGCAACUGAACGACUAAGCACUUCACGCAUUUAUUCGAGGACAGCAGACGCCAAGGGCUUCAGAAGAGCUCUUGCGACUUUAUCUCGUGCGAAAAUGGUCAUCUAAUGCCAGUAGAAUUGUAUUGGAUUAGCUUUGGCUGUGUGUGUCUGGUUUCCAUGUGCUGAAUGGACUGGCAAAUGGAUUAAUUAAAUUUCACGUCUCGCAUGCAGGCACAUAUGCCUGCUGCCAUAAUUCAGUAUGUAGAAGAAUGAAACGUGGUGUGAAAACCGAAGACUACCCUGCUUGCAGUAGUGAUCAUGGCGGCAGAAUGAUGAGCCCGGGACCAUGUAUGACUACGUUUUAAGAACUGGAUACUCAUACUUGUCACCAUUAUUAUUUCACCUGACUUUAAUGAUACCAUUGCUUGCUUCCAAAAUUACAUCUUUCCAUACCUAUUUCCAA